CGCUGACUGCUGCGACUUGCGCACCAUCUGACACCAGGAGCACACGCACAACCACUGGAGCCUCUUCUCCACGCACUGUGCAGCCACCGCGUUUGAACCUCCGCUCUUUUCCGCUCUUGUGUUGUUAGAGUUUUUCCGAAUCUGCACUCUCUGGAUUUUAGACUUACUGCUUGCCAUGGCUGGAUGGACAUUUUUCUGACGAAGGGAAUGCAAAUCUUAUGUUUGCCAUUAUUUUGUUGUUUACUUCGGUCGUACAUUCGCAAACUCUAUUACGUUGGGAUUUAUUGACAGAAAAUGGACUUUUUCUAGCCAGUUGAACUUUUACGCACGGUUUUUUAGUAGCCUAUCAAGUUGAAUAUUGAUCAAUUUGAAAUUUACAACAAACAUUCAUGGUGUGGAUAAAGUGGACCAUGGCAUUCGUACUCGGAUAUGUGAGUUUGUUGGGUAUUUUGAUGAAUACUGUUAUGGGACAGAUUCCUGAGAAUCACGGGAGGACUCAAUAUGAUGGUUCUGCAUCAAGUAGCAGGGUACGCAGACGUGGAAAACAAGAUGCGCUAACAGGACCAAAUGUGUGUGGAUCUCGUUUCCAUUCCUACUGCUGUCCAGGCUGGAAAACGUUGCCAGGGGGCAACCAGUGUAUCGUGCCCAUAUGCCGUAACAGCUGUGGAGAUGGUUUCUGCUCACGCCCCAACAUGUGCACUUGUCCAAGUGGUCACAUUGCCCCAACCUGUGCGACCAAAUCCCCUCAGCAGUGUAGUAUCAGGUGUAUGAAUGGCGGAGCCUGCGCAGAAGACCACUGCCAGUGCCCGAAGGGAUACACAGGAGCCCACUGUGGACAACCCGUCUGUGAGAGGCAGUGCCAGAAUGGUGGGCGCUGCAUCGGGCCGAACCGGUGCGCCUGUGUCUACGGCUUCACUGGGCCCCAGUGUGAGAGAGACUACCGUACAGGGCCCUGCUUUACCCAGGUCAACAACCAGAUGUGCCAGGGCCAGGUGAGUGGUAUCGUCUGCACCAAGACGUUGUGCUGUGCCACCGUGGGCCGAGCCUGGGGCCACCCCUGUGAGAUGUGCCCAGCCCAGCCCCAGCCCUGCCGCCGUGGCUUCAUUCCCAACAUCCGCACCGGGGCAUGCCAGGAUGUUGACGAGUGCCAGGCCAUUCCAGGGCUGUGCCAAGGAGGCAACUGCAUUAACACCGUGGGCUCAUACGAGUGCAAGUGCCCAGCUGGUCAUCGUCAGAACGAAGCCAAUCAGAAGUGUGAAGAUGUGGACGAGUGUGCCAUCAUCCCACGCGCGUGUGAUGGCGGCCGGUGCGUGAACACCGUGGGCAGCUACACCUGUGUGUGCCCUGCCGACCUGGUGCCCUCUGCGGACAAGACCCGCUGCCUAGACCAGCACUCGGGCCUGUGUUUCUCUGGACUGCUGAGUGGCCGCUGCACCCAGGAGCUGCCAGGCCGCUUCAGUAAGGCCCAGUGCUGCUGCGACGCUGGACGCUGCUGGGCAAGAGGCAACCUGCCAGAGCUGUGCCCCGUCCCAGGCUCGGAGGCGCACCAGAGACUGUGUCAGGAGGGAGCUCCGGUGCGGCCGUACCCAGAGGGGGAUCCAGUGAUCGUAGGCGGCCGAGUUUCCUACCCACAGGGCCCCAAAGACUACGACCCCACUCUCAAUGGCCGCAGGGUCAACGGAAACGGACACCCCUACCCCCAGACCCCGGUGAAUGGGAAUGGCCACAGGAAGCACCCUGUCAAUGGCAACGGUCACAAAAUACCCCAGCAGUAUGACUAUGCGACUCUGAACCAGACUGUGGACUACUGCAGGCAGGUGCAAAAUCUGUGUAUAAACGGGCGCUGCAUCUCUUUGGCGUCGAGCUACCGCUGUGAGUGUAACAAGGGCUACGUGCUGGAUGUCAGAGGAGACUGCAUAGAUUUUGAUGAGUGCGCCUCAGACCCCUGCUCUAACGGAGACUGCGUCAACACCCCUGGCUCCUACUACUGCAAAUGCCACGCAGGCUACCUCAGGACUCCCACCAAGCAGACAUGCAUAGACAUCGACGAGUGCCUGCACAACGGGGUACUGUGCAACAACGGCCGCUGUCUGAACACAGAGGGCACCUUCCAGUGCAUCUGCAACGCAGGCUUCCAGCUCACCCCCGACAGAAGGAACUGCGUGGACCAUGAUGAGUGUGCCACCACCAACAUGUGUCUCAAUGGCAUGUGCAUCAACGAGGACGGCAGCUUUAAGUGCAUCUGCAAACCGGGCUUCACGCUGGCCUCCAGUGGCCGCUACUGCAUAGAUAUUGAUGAGUGUCAGACUCCAGGCAUGUGUAUGAACGGUCGCUGUGUGAACACCGAUGGCUCCUUCCGCUGUGAUUGUAUGGCAGGACUUGCCGUCAGCACAGAUGGACGGUCCUGCGUAGACACACACAUGCGCAGCACCUGCUACGGAGGCAUCAGGAAGGGCGUGUGUGUUCGGCCAUUCCAGGGAGCGGUCACCAAGUCCGAAUGCUGCUGCGCCAACGCCGAUUACAGCUUCGGCGAGCCCUGCCAACCCUGCCCAGCCAAGAAUUCAGGAGAAUUCCAGGCAUUGUGUGGGAGUGGUAUUGGCUUCUCAGUAGAUGGGACAGACAUUAACGAGUGUGCACUGGACCCUGACAUCUGUACCAACGGCGUGUGUGAGAACCUGAGGGGCAGCUACCGCUGCAUCUGUAACGUGGGCUACGAGACCGACGGCAGCGGCAGGAACUGCGUGGACAUUGACGAGUGCCUGGUGAACCGUCUGCUGUGUGACAACGGCCUGUGCCGGAACGUUCCGGGAAGCUACACUUGCACCUGUCCAAAGGGCUACCUCUUCAGGCCGGACUCGGAGACGUGCGAAGAUGUGAAUGAGUGUGAGAGUAAUCCGUGUGUUAACGGGGUGUGUAAGAACAAUGCUGGCUCCUUCGCCUGUGAGUGCUCGCCAGGCGGCAAGAGGGAUUCCACAGGACUCAUCUGCAUCGACAGCCUAAAAGGCACCUGCUGGCUCCACAUCCAAGAUGGCCGCUGCGAGGUCAACAUCAACGGCGGCACACUGAAGUCCGAGUGCUGUGCCACCCUGGGCGCCGCCUGGGGCAGCCCCUGCGAACAGUGCGAGAUCGAUCCUGUUUGCUCCAGAGGGUUCGCUCGUCCAAAAGGGGUCACAUGUGAAGACGUGAAUGAGUGUGAGGUGUUCCCUGGAGUGUGUGUUAACGGCCGCUGUGUGAACACCCAUGGCUCUUUCAAGUGCCAGUGUCCCGAGGGCCUGACCCUGGACUCCACUGGACGCCUGUGUGUCGAUGUCCGCUCGGAGCACUGUUACCUGACCUAUGACGAGGACACUUGCGCUCAGCCCGUGUCUGGAAGGUUCCGGAUGGACGCAUGCUGCUGCACGGUGGGGGCCGCCUGGGGGAAGGAGUGUGAGGCGUGUCCGGAGCCUGGUAACCGCGACUACGACCUCCUCUGCCCGCGAGGACCCGGCUUUGCCAACCGAGGCGACGUUCUCACCGGGAGACCCUUCUACAAGGACAUCAAUGAAUGUAAAGUGUUCCCCAGCAUCUGCACCCAUGGCAAAUGCCGCAACACCAUUGGCAGCUUCAGGUGUCGCUGUGACAACGGCUUCGCCCUCGACAUGGAGGAGCGCAACUGCACUGACAUUGACGAGUGCCGUAUCUCACCGGACCUGUGUGGUCAUGGCACCUGCGUGAACACACCUGGCAGCUUCGAGUGUGAGUGCUUUGACGGCUACGAGAGUGGCUUCAUGAUGAUGAAGAACUGCAUGGACAUUGACGAGUGUGAGCGGAACCCUGGCCUGUGCCGCGGAGGCGAGUGUGAGAACACUGACGGCAGUUACGAGUGUGUGUGUCCGCACGGACACCAGCUGUCUACAGAUGGGAAUGCUUGCGAGGAUGUGAACGAGUGUGAGCUGAGCUCCACCCUGUGUCGAAACGGCGAGUGUGUGAACGUGGUGGGCACAUACCGCUGCACCUGCCACUCCGGCUACCAACCCACACCUGACCUACAGGGAUGCACAGACAUUGACGAGUGCACCAUAGAGAACGGUGGCUGUGAUGUGCACUGCACCAACUCGGAGGGCAGCUACCAGUGCAGCUGUGCCUCAGGCUAUGCCCUCAUGCCCGACCAGAGGAGCUGUGCUGAUGUGGAUGAAUGUGAGGAGGAGCUGGGCAUCUGUGACGGAGGCCAGUGCACCAACCUCCCUGGGGAGUACCACUGUCUGUGCUUUGAUGGCUUCAUGGCGUCCCUGGACAUGAAGAGCUGCAUAGAUGUGAACGAGUGUGAGCUGAACACCAACCUGUGCUUGUUUGGAGAAUGUGAGAACACCAAGGGUUCCUUCAUAUGCCACUGUGAAGUGGGCUACUCUGUCAAGAUCGGCACGUCAGGCUGCACAGAUGUGGACGAGUGCGAGGUGGACGCCCAUAACUGUGACGUCCACGCCACCUGUGUCAACACCCCGGGGGGCUUCCACUGCUCCUGUCGCGAGGGCUGGCUGGGCAACGGGGUCAAGUGUGUCGACCUUGACGAGUGCACCAAUGGGACGCACCACUGCAGUGUCAGCGCUGAGUGUGUCAACACACCUGGCUCCUACCGCUGCAGCUGCUCACCGGGCUUCACUGGAGAUGGCCUCACCUGCUCAGACAUGGAUGAGUGCGCUGAGAACGUGAACCUGUGUGAGAACGGCCAGUGUCUGAACGUGCCGGGAGGCUACCGCUGUGAGUGUGAGAUGGGCUUCGUCCCAGCCCCUGACAGCAAGACCUGCCAAGACAUUGAUGAGUGCAAAUUCCAUAGCAUUUGUGUGUUUGGCAAAUGCAAGAACCUCCCUGGAAUGUUCCGUUGCAUCUGUGACGAUGGCUAUGAGCUGGAUCGCUCUGGAGGAAACUGCACAGAUGUAGACGAGUGCAUGGACCCUAUAAACUGUGUGAAUGGCCUCUGCGUGAACGUCCCUGGAUCGUAUGAGUGUAACUGCCCAACUGACUUUGAGCUCAACCCCACUGGAGUCGGCUGUGUCGACACUCGUGUGGGGAACUGUUUCCGGGAGGCGACUCCUCGUGGACGGGGCAGUCUGUCCUGCAGCGUGGAGGUGGGGGUGGGCGUGAGCCGCUCUUCCUGCUGCUGCUCCCUGGGCCGGGCCUGGGGAAACCCCUGUGAACUCUGCCCCCCCAUCAACUCCUCGGAGUACAACACCUUGUGUCCAGGUGGAGAGGGCUUCAGACCUAAUCCCAUCACCAUCAUACUGGAAGACAUUGAUGAGUGCCAGGAGUUGCCGGGUCUUUGCCAGGGUGGGAACUGUGUGAACACCUUUGGGAGUUUCCAGUGUGAUUGUCCUCCUGGCUACUACCUCAAUGUGGACAGCCGCAUCUGUGAAGACAUCGAUGAGUGUGUGGUCAACCCGGGCAUCUGCGGACCUGGCACCUGCUAUAACACCCUGGGCAACUACACCUGUGUGUGCCCACAGGAGUACAUGCAGGUCAACGGGGGCAACAACUGCAUGGACAUGAGGAAGAGUCUCUGUUACAGGAACUAUAAUGGCACGGUGUGUGAGAACGAGCUGGUCUUCAACCUGACCCGCCGGCUCUGCUGCUGCUCCUACAACGUGGGCAAAGCCUGGAACAAGCCCUGCGAGGCCUGCCCAACCCCUGCCACAGAUGAGUAUCGCAUUCUCUGUGGGAACAUAGUGCCAGGGUUCAAACUGGAUAUUGAGACUGGUAAAGCCAUAGACAUCGAUGAGUGUCGGGAGAUCCCUGGCAUCUGUGCCAACGGUGUUUGCAUCAACCAGAUCGGCAGUUUCCGCUGUGAAUGCCCCACAGGUUUCAGCUACAAUGACCUCCUGCUUGUGUGUGAGGACAUUGAUGAGUGCAGCAGUGGUGAGAUUCUGUGCCAGAGGAACGCCGACUGCAUCAACAGUCCCGGGAGCUAUCGCUGCGAGUGCUCCGACGGCUUCAACCUCUCCCCCACCGGGGCCUGCAUCGACCGCAACGAGUGCUUGGAGAUCCCCAACGUCUGCAGCCACGGGGAAUGCAUGGACAUCGACGGCGGCUACGAGUGUUUGUGCCACAACGGCUUCAGGGUGUCUAACAACCGGCGGAUGUGCAUGGACAUCGAUGAGUGUGUGCGUCAGCCUUGUGGAAAUGGCACAUGCAAGAACACUGUGGGCUCCUUUAACUGCCUCUGUCACCCUGGCUUUGAGAUCACGCACAACAAUGACUGCACAGACAUCGAUGAGUGCACAACGUCAUACGGUCAGAUCUGCAGGAAUGGCCGCUGCAUCAACAGCAUCGGCUCGUUCCAGUGUCUGUGUGAUGAGGGCUACGAACCCAAUCUGGACGGCAAGAACUGCGUCGACGUGAACGAGUGUGUCAUCCUGCCGGGAACGUGUGCUCCUGGGACGUGUCAGAACCUGGAUGGGUCAUUCCGCUGCAUCUGCCCCGAAGGUUACAGGGUGCAGAACGAACACUGUGUAGAUGUCAAUGAGUGUGUGGAAGAUCCAAACAUCUGCCUGUUUGGGACCUGUUUCAACAAUCCUGGCAGCUUUGAGUGUGUUUGCAAGCCUGGGUUCAUCCUGUCGGAGAAUGGACGCAGAUGUUAUGAUAAGCGGGAGAGCUACUGUUUCACGCGCUUUGAGAAUGGCAAGUGCUCGCUCCCACAGGCCUUCAACACCACCAAGGCCAAGUGCUGCUGCAGCAACAUGCCCAAGGAGGGCUGGGGGGACCCCUGUGAGCUCUGCCCCAAGGACAGCGACGCUGGAUUCAAGGACCUCUGUCCAUUUGGCUUCGGCAUAAUCCCUGGAUUUGAUGACUCGCGUAUCGACCUGAAUGAAUGCGUGGAGAAUCCAGGCAUCUGCUACAACGGGCACUGUAUCAACACUGACGGUUCCUUCCGCUGUGAAUGUCCUAUGGGCUACACACUUAACUACACUGGCGUGCACUGUAUCGACAUUGAUGAGUGUUUGGUGGGAAACCCAUGCGGUAACGGCACCUGCACCAACGCGAUCGGGGGCUUUGAGUGCACCUGUGAGGAAGGCUUUGAACCAGGACCCAUGAUGACUUGUGAAGACAUAAACGAAUGCGGGCAGAACCCGCUGCUCUGUGCCUUCCGCUGCAUCAACACAUUCGGCAGCUACGAGUGCAGCUGUCCAGCAGGGUACACGCUCCGGGAGGACGGCAGGAUGUGCAAAGACCUGGAUGAGUGUGCGGAGGGCCUGCAUGACUGUGAGUCGCGGGGCAUGGCUUGUAAGAACCUCAUCGGCACCUUCAUGUGUGUGUGCCCGGUAGGCAUGACGCGGCGCCUGGACGAUGAGCUGUGCCAAGAUGAAAACGAGUGCCGCACUAAGCCGGGUAUCUGUGAGAACGGCCGCUGUGUGAACACCAUUGGCAGCUACAUGUGUGAGUGUGGGGAGGGAUUCCAGCCGGACUCCACCCGCACUCAGUGCUUAGACUACCGGGAGGGCUUCUGCUUCACAGAGGUGCUGCAGACCAUGUGCCAGAUGUCCUCCAGUAGCAGGACCCCCUCCACCAAGUCCCAGUGCUGCUGUGACGGGGGCCGGGGCUGGGGCAACCAGUGUGAGCUCUGCCCGCUGCCCGGCACUGCCAAGUACAAGAAGCUGUGCCCACACGGCCAUGGCUACGCCACUGACGGCAGAGACAUAGACGAGUGCAAACUCAUCCCAGACGUAUGUAAGAACGGGAAAUGCAUCAACACCAUGGGCUCCUACAAGUGCCACUGCAAGCCUGGCUACACCGCUUCUAUCAGUGGAACAGCAUGUGAUGACCAGGAUGAAUGUUCCAUGUCUCCCAAGCCGUGCAACUUCAUCUGCAAAAACACGGAGGGCAGCUACGCGUGCUCCUGUCCCCGUGGUUACACACUGCAGGAGGAUGGCAGGACCUGCAAAGAUCUGGAUGAGUGUCAGACCAAGAAGCACAAUUGCCAGUUCAUCUGUGUUAACACUAUCGGCGGCUUCACCUGCAAGUGCCCUCCUGGUUUCGCUCAGCACCACACAGCCUGUAUAGACAAUAACGAGUGUGCAGCGGAGCCCACCCUCUGUGGAGCCAAGGGCAUCUGCCAGAACACGCCAGGCAGCUUCAACUGUGACUGCCAGCAUGGCUACUCCCUGGACAACACUGGCCUGCACUGCGAAGAUGUGGAUGAGUGUAAGAGCACCCACAGGUGUCAGUAUGGCUGCCAGAACAUUCUGGGAGGCUAUCGCUGCAGCUGCCCUCAAGGCUACACACAGCACUAUCAGUGGAAUCAGUGUGUGGAUGAAAACGAGUGCUCGAACCCCAGCAGCUGCGGCUCGGCGUCCUGCUACAACACACUGGGCAGCUUCAAGUGCGCCUGCCCCUCGGGCUACUCCUUCGACCAUCCCAGCAGCAGCUGCCGUGACUUGGACGAGUGCAGCUCCCGCAAGAACCCCUGCAACUACGGCUGCUCCAACACUGAGGGGGGCUACCUGUGUGGAUGCCCCCCGGGCUACUACAGAGUAGGCCAAGGUCACUGUGUGUCAGGCACUGGCUUUGGGAAAGGCCUGUACACGCCUCAUCAAGGAGGACAAGGAGUGGACGAGGACAACGCCCUCUCCCCUGAGGCCUGCUACGAGUGUAAGAUCAACGGCCACUCCAAGAGGGGGAUACGCAGGAGAAGGGACGCCAAUGAAACCCUAGCCGAAGAGGAGCCCGAGGUGAGCCUUGCUAGCCUGGACAUUGACGAGCCGCUGACACUAAUGCUCAACCUCUCCCAGCUGGACCCCGGCCAGCACCUCCUGGAGCUGCGGCCUGCCCUGCGGCCCCUCGACGGCCACGUGCGUUACGCCAUCGCCGGCGGCAACGGGGCCGGCGUCUUCCGCCUGGAGCACAGCGACGACGGCCUCACUUACCUGCACUUGGCGUCGUCGGCAGGAUCGGAAGGAGAGGAGGCGUGGCGGGGGCAGUCGAGUCGGCUGACCCCGGGGAGCUACACGCUGGAGAUCAGCAGUGCACCACUAUACGGUCCAGCCCAGCUUCGGGCGCUCCGCAACAUCAAGGACAGAGACUACCUCUCGGGGGAGCUGGGCGAGAACCUGCACAUGAGACUGCACAUCAAGCUGCAGGAGAACUAGAGUCAGCUGGUCUGCUGUGCAGCUAGAUCACACCUAUGUCAUUAUCUCCCUGAAAGACUGGUCUCCCUCUCUCUCUGUCUUCUCCACCAGUGCUGCUUUCUCUGGCUCUCUAUCUCUCUUUCCUUCUUUCUUU